AUGGGGGACUCCACUAGCGCUCCUAGCAAUGUGCCUCUUGCGGAAUCGCCGCUAUUUAAUUCCUCCGAUGCGGAUGUUUCCUUCAUCUCCUCCGAUCGCAUCCUCUUCCGCGUCCAUCGAAAGAAUCUGGAGGUGUGCACUGAGGGAUUCCCGCCGUGCGAGGUUGCGUCGCCGGGCUCGCAAGAGCUCAUCCCUCUGGAGGAGUCUUCCACCAUCCUUGAGUUGCUCUUCCAGUUCAUCUACCCCCGGCGCCAUCCUGGACUCGACACGGUCGCAUUCGAGGUUCUCGGCCCACUCGCCGAGGCGGCGGAGAAGUACCAGGUAUUCCCAGCAAUGAAUAUUUGUCAUAUUCGGCUUCGUGAUAUGGCGAAGGAACACCCUGUCGAGGUGGCCGCAUACGCUGCCAAACACGACUACCCCUGCCUCCUCGGCGAGAUCGGCCCGAUGAUGAUUAGUCUGCCGGCUAUCGAUGUCGCUGAUCUGCUUCCGCCAAACUUGUUUCGGCCCUGGACGCGUUACGUGCAGGAGUGGGCUCGGAUCCAUCAGACCAUCGCACUGAAGCUGCCCACGGGCGGCGAUCCCCAAGUUUCUAUUGGAUGGUCGGCACAUUCUUCGCAGGCAGCGUCUAGCGCACAGAACCAUAAUUGCAAAAACUGCACCCGUAAUGGGUAUGCCAUCACAGCCCCUUGCAGUUGGACGCAGCUCGUUGCGGCUGUGCUCCAGAACCUGGCAGCCGGCGUGGACACACUCCGCGCGCUCGAUACUGUCUUUAGCAUUCCCGCAGUUCCGAAGGAAAAGAUUUCUAAAUGCUGCGAGUGGGACCUCGCGGACUGGAGGAGCAAGAUCGAAGGCGGGAUUGAGACUAUUCCGAAAUUCAGUACCUUUCUGUAG